UAGUGUUGCUUCUCAACAGAGCCACUGGAAGACUGAGUUAAAGAGGGUUGAGGCCGAGAGAAACGGAGGAAGAAACCAUGUUUUAAGUCAAUGCCUUGUCAUGGGUCUCACCAUGCACCCUUACUCUCUGUGUUACCAUAUGGUAUUAAGACGUCAGGAUUCUCCUCCGCUGUCUGUGAGUUCUUUAUUAAUUCCACACUGAGCUGGCAUCAUUUCCUCUGCACUUAGUUGGACAUGAACAAAAUCAUGAUUUCAAACGAAUCAUGUCACAACACCACCUGCAAUGACACUCUCACGGUGAACGGCAAUGGCAAGCCAGUGACGAGCAUCCUCAUGUUUCUGGCCGGCGUGGUGGGAAACCUCCUGGCUCUCUUCAUCCUCUGCGUGCACCAGAAGGAGCAUCGCUCCCGGUCGUCCAUCUUCUGCAUCCUGGUGACCGGCCUGGUUCUCACCGACCUGCUGGGUACCUGCCUCCUCAGCCCGCCUGUGUUCAUCUGCUAUGCCCGCAACAUGAAGCUGAUCAGUCUGGGGGGGCAAAGUGUGUGCAACAUCUUUGGCUUUGCCAUGAGCUUCUUCGGCCUGGCGCCCACGCUCGUUCUGUGUGCCAUGGCCGUGGAGCGCUGCCUGGCCAUCAGCCACCCUUACUUCUACUCUGUGCACAUUCGCCCCAGCUUUGCAAAAUUCACUCUUGUCUUUAUUUACCUCUUCUCGUUGGCCUUCUGCUUCCUGCCGUACACCGGCUUCGGCAAAUUCAGACAGUAUUCUCCUGGGACAUGGUGCUUCAUCGACAUGGACGCCACCCAUGACGACCAGGCCAACCAAUUGUUGCUGGCCUUCUCUCUGUCCUACUCUUCCCUCAUGGCGCUGCUGAUCCUUGCAGUGUUUGUGUGCAACGGCUCGGUGAUCGUCAGCCUGUGCCAGAUGCACCGGAGCCACAGGAUACGGCGCGGCUCGGUCGGGUCGACCGGGAGGAGGAAGAGGCUGAGCCUGGCCUGGUUCGGACAGGGUGAGGAGGAAAUGGACCAUCUGGUGCUGCUGGCGCUCAUCACCGUCAUCUUUGUGGUCUGCUCGCUUCCGCUCACUAUCGCAGGCUUCAUCAACGCCAUUCACCCAUUUUCCAGCGACGCGGAGAACCUCACAGCCUUCCGCUUCUACGCCCUCAACCCCAUCGUGGAUCCAUGGGUCUUCAUCAUCUGCCGCAAGUCUGUGUUUCGCCACCUCAGCUCACUGCUGAGCUGCUGCUUCAGCAAAGGAGCCGUGAAGACAACAACACACUGCGCUCUGUCGUUACCCCUUGACAAUCACAUGCAUCACAACCCCCCAGAUGUGACAGUCUCACAGUCCGUGUACUCCAGUUUACCUCUGUGACCGAAAUCCUUGGCUGGGGGUCGGGGGGGACUUUCAAAUCCGAAACACAUCGGGGACAAUUCGUGAAAUAACAUUUUCACAAGGAAGUUCACAGCCGUCACAGUUUCUCCAUGAACCAACAUUGGAGAAAGUAUUGCACAAGGUCUUAGAUAUUUCUCGGCGAGUUGUUCCAUUAAACAAACAACACUGUAACUUAUCACUAUGGAACACGUCAAACCAUAUCAUGCCCAUGAAUCAUAUACUGUAAAAUCAGACUAUAUGCACUCGGGUAAAGCUCUAUGGGUACAAAAUAUGCAUGCAUACUGUCUUCUUUUUUCUCUCUAUCAAUCCGCCUUUGCCUUGGGACACAGCCACAUGACUCCAGGAUGAUGGACUCACCUCAUCUACAGCAUCUUUGAACCCAGCGACACUCGACAUGAAGAUGACCUGCAGCUUGUUUCAGUACCAGUCUUCACAACACGAUAAUCCAUUCCCACCGACCAGAGUUAUAAUGUGAGUGUCAUCCAAAAGAGAGACACGUAUUUUAUUAAUUUAAAGUUGUCAUUAUUUUGCAAAGCCACUGAUAUAUUUGUAUACAACAAGAAGGGGUACAAAUCCAAAAAUGAAACACUUGAACAAACGAAACGAAAACCACUUUAAGUAACAGCAACCAUCUUUGAGAAAAAUGUACCUGAUAAUUUUGUACUUUGGUCCAUGUCCCAUGUGCUAACAUCGAAGAGGCAGAAUUUUUUUAAUCUAUAUUACAGUCAGCCACCAGGUGGCGAUACAGAUUUGGCUUCACUUUGAGGGAGCUUCUAUGUCGUCCAUUUUACCUGUAUCUAACAGGUACGAUGUUGACAAUGUUCACCAUCUUACUUUAGUGUGUUUACAUACUGACAUAAUUAGGAGUAAACAAAGUAAAGGGAGUCUGAUGGGAAUGUUGCUCACCGGAGGUACGUAAUGAACCAAUGGAAUGGAUGCAUGUGAAUCCACUUAACUCGAUGAUGGUGCUAAAUUAAUCGUUAUGAGGUUAGCAAAGUUAGCACAAUAUAUAAAUCCCCAUAUCAAUGAACCAGAUCUCUGCACAUUAGACGUCAAAACAUUUCACUCAAACCCAUGAAGAUCAACCUCAUGCAUGGGCUCCAGCUGUGUUACAUUUACAUUGUUCCUGUGAAAGGGAUCUUGGAAAUCUUCCUUUUGCUUAUCACCUAUGAAACAUGGUACGGGUUGUUUUUUGCUGAAAAAGAAUAAAUUAUCAAGAUGUACCCUGACAGACUGACAGACAGCAUUGACCUCUUACUGCCGGAAGUUCCACCUGCAGCACAGCCUGCCACUAUGAAAAAACAAUAUGAUUACAUGCAGUUCAUUAUAAGGGGCCUAGGUGUAAGAUGGGCCUUUGUCUUUCUAAAUUAUAACCUCUGUCCUUUAGGUCUAAAUUCAGGACUUUUCCAAACUGUGUCUGGGAAUUGAGUUAUUCAGGUUUAAAAGUCUCAAAAUAAAUUCCUGUUUGUGUCCAGCUCAUCAUAUCAUUGUAUUGCAUGAACAUUGGAUUGCACCUCACUGAUAUCUAAGCUACCUGUGAUGAUCGUCCGUGAAUGUUCUUAUAAUAGCCACUUGCUUUCAAGAAAAAAGAAACUGCUGCUGCAAAAUGCACUGAAAAUGAAUCUUUUGUUGUCGUGACCAAUGCCGUGUCCGCAUUUAGAUGUAUGAAUGUAUGUACUUUUGCUUUUUCACCGUGCUGUGAUGUCGUGCAUCCUCAUGAUUGUGCUGGAUUGUGAUUCAGUUGAGUGUGGAGAUAAUGCUGACAACAGACGGGGUGUUUAAAUUUUUUCCAGAUGUGUUGCGCUUUACAGUCUUCGACGCUCAGUCACGUGUGACCCGGCAUAAAUCAGAUACUUAUCACUUGCACAUUUUGUUCUUCGGGGGGAUACAUUAUUGAGAUUUUUAUCCAUUGUAAUAAAGAAAUACAUUUUAUUGUAAAAAGUAUGGUACACAUUUUGUUCAUGUAAAAUAAAAUAUUGAAAGAAA